AUGCGUAUUAUUCUCCAGAUGCAGCACUACCUUCAGGCUCGCCAGGCGACCUACGACCCGCUCAAGGAGCGGCACAACACCGCACCGCCAGUGGAGAUGGCCAACAAUUUCACCACCGGAGGCAAGCACACGGAAAACCAGAACCACCAGAACCAGCACCAGAGUCGGCCAGGCGAGAUAAGGAGGACCCCAAGCGCUGAACAGGCACCAUCCAGCUAUCUUCAAGGGAAUCUCGACCCUCGAGGGUUCAGUGGUCCGUCUCUAUCCCCCGUGCCGGAGAACCGUCAGUCCCGAGCACCAUCCCGUCUUCAGAUCUCAACGACUCCGACGCCUUCUAAUCCGCAGUCGGGUCAGCCUCGAGGGAAUACGAUGACACAGGGUAGCAGCUCGCAUCAUGACAGGCGCAGGGAAUCGGGGGAGUCUGAGAGUCGUAAUCCCAGGCAGGAGCCUCCCGCCGAAGCGCCGCUCCCAAAGAGACGCAGGUCUUCCGCACACCGGCGUGACCCUUCUCAUACGCACUCACCAGGUUCGGCUUAUCCUCCCGAACCAGAGCAUACCACUUGUCAUCCCCGGCGGAGCGACAAGAGCUCAGCUUCGGCAGACAGGGAUUACUUUCCGCACACAUAUACAUCGAAGAUCUCUAGUAUGCUUCGCCCCGGCAUUGCGAUCGUUUUCGUCUCCGGCUUGUUGAUUUUAAAUGCCUUUCUUUUUUGUCUCCUCGGCGCUCUGUUCUCAGGCUCCUCAGCGCCCUAUGCCUUCCUCAUCUCAAAGAGCCAAGCCACCUCCAUUGAAGCCACCCCCGUCUCCACCUUGUAA